UUGGUCUGGAGGCGCUUUGGUGUGUUUGGUAUGAGCGUGGUCGACCAAAGCGGCGGACAGCACAGACGGCACCUGGCCCCGGAGCAAAGCUCUGUCCAGCUCCUUUUGGGCAGCAUCAAAGAGGGAGAUGCCCGUGAUCUUGUCCGCAUGGUGUAGCACUCGGAGCGCUUUGAAGAUGCCCUCCUCGCAGUCGCCUUAGGCGGCUGCGACGGACCAGCGCACCGGAGGCCGCUGUGAAAUAGAACAUACACAUCCGAAGAACUGCGUUCCUAGGUGCCUUUAACGGCUACGUUGGAACAUCGUCACGAAAGCCGUUGUGAAAUGGAACAUGAACAUUUGAAGAACGUUGCCUUAGGCGGCUGCACCGGAUUAUCGUCCCGAAAGACGUUGUGAAAUGGGACUUGCACAUUUGUAGAACCCGUCUGCUAACCACAGCGAUUUUCGUAUGGCGCAUCCAUAGAAGGAACGAAAUGGCAGAAGUAGCAAUACCUAUGGGUGGAGUCGCGCCGUCGGAGCCGAAGGAGGCCACUCCACCGAUACAACCUAAAGCCCACAUCAAUGGCAGAAUAUUACCAGCGCGCGGUUUCAAGCUGAAACCUGCACCUCCAAAACCGGUGGAGGACCCGGAACCCGAACCGGAACCGGUUGUCGCCCCCACAGCCGAAGCUCCACCGACUCCGCCUGUCCGCGAACGACCAGAAGCCCGGACGGCUCCAGCACCAACCCCGGCAGAGCAAAAACCGAAUCAACCUAAAAAACAAAAAUCUAAAAAGAAGAAGGCUCCGAAGAAGUCGAAAGAAAUCGAUCAUUGGGAACCGUCAUCAUCGCGACAAGCACGACACUGGUCACCCGGCCAUGACAGAUCAUCUCGUUCAACUAACGACCGCAGAAAUCAUUCGCGGUCUCGUACACCUCCCCGUAACCGCUCUCCAUCUCCUAUCCGAAGCCGGGUACGGAAGCUGUCUCGAGACAGCAGAGAUGCAAGAGACCGCCGCCGCUCAGUAUCGCCCGCGGCGCGACGCGCGGUUUCCCCCGCUCGACGCCCAGCAUCCCCAGCACGACGACCAGCGGCGGUGGUCAAAUCCGCAACACAACUUAGAGCCGUCAAAACAGAGAAGCGAGCCCGGGAGGCGACUCCUCCCCGCCGCCGUCAACGUUCCCGGUCGCGGUCUCGCUCAAGAGAUCACACGAGAAGCCCAGUAGGACGCGGACGCGAUAGGAGCAGCGACGUUCACAUUCGUCGACGAACGCGGACCCCAAGCCCGGCCAGAUCUAGUCGCGGCGGUGGUGCAAGCAGCAAACGCGAGCCUUACAUAAGAAGCCGCACCACCACCGGCGAUAAGUCGCCCCAAAAAGCCGCGUCGCCACCUUGCGCACCUAAGGUGAUCAUACAAGAGCGGGCAGUACCCCGCGACUUGAAAGAGGGCUGGAAGCCGUGCCCUCCUCGGGACCCACCCAAGGCCAGGGGAUACUACCGAAACCUCGCCAAAUCUAAACGGACUUCCCGAUCCAAAACACCGGAAAGAAACGCCAAACGACCCCGCAUGGAUGAUGAAGCAAAGAACGAGUCCCAGUCCCCGCCUACGACCCCACCAAGGGCUUCUCGUCGGGCUACCCCACCAAAGGACGCAACGCCACCCGCGCCCAAAGAGUCACCCCAUGAACCGGCGGCACUACCAAACGACGGUGCUUACCACCCCCGCCGGCUAAGCAUCCCCAGAUCUGCAGAAAUCUGGGGCCUAUCUACAACGGGCACCGUCAUUGAUCUGGACGCGAAUGUGACACUCUUAGAGAAGCCCACAGCCACCAUCCGUGACGUCCUAGGGCUAACGCUCCCAAACCUCCUCCACCACGACCCAUCCAUCGACCCCAAACCAUUCUCAGACACCAUCGCAGCUACACCCCCGCCGCGCAACCUCUCCAUCUGCGUAACGGACUCCGCGGGCUCCCAAGCCCUUAUCACCGGAACACUCGUUAACAUCGACGAAGGCGCCAACAUGUACCUGACCGGUGCGGUGGAGAUUACGGUUGGUGUGCAUAGGGUGGAGGGUCUUGAAGGCGCGAUGGUUGGGGUGGUAAAGAGACGGGAGAUGAAGGAGGUGCUAGUGAUGGGGAAGAGGGUUGUUGGGGUUGCGGUUGGGAACUAGGUGGUGGAGUGGAGCGGCGCGGGAUGGAAUUCGGCCUUUUGAGCCUUGAGUUCUCCCCUGCACACAUUCACCUCCGACUCUCGGCUACCA